CACAUAAUACUAUAAGAGGCAAAAAAAAAAGGUGGUGAAAGAGUAAACCCUAUUUUUUUUUUUUUUUUCUUUCAUAUCAUAUUAGAUAUCUAAUAAAGAUGUUGAAUGAACCUAAAAUCAAGUGUAUGUUGAGCAUAGAGAUAGAAGCCGCAACUGGACCACUAGUAGCACGCAGCUAGGCUACCUUGUUUAGAAGAUAUAAGCCCCACAUACAACCCAAUUGUUGCUUACAACUUGCAUGUGAUUAUCAAUUCAGAUCAAGUUGCAUCUCCUACUCACAGUACUUAGCUUGCUAGUUCUGUAUCAUGUAUUUCAUCAGAUCCUUAGUUUGUUAGCUAUCGGAUCGUUAAUAAUAUCAUCGGAGAAGGAACGUAAUACGUACGACGACGAUUCGAGCUAGCUUAGCUACUAGCUAGAGAGGCUGUUACAGUGGAUCCAGAAAGCGGGCAUAAUGGGAAAAGGCCACUUCCCCAACAAACAUCAUCUCAACAACGGAUACAAGAAGAUGAAGCUUCUGGUAAAAGACUAUCAACAUCCUCGACUCAUCAUCAAGCUGAUGUAGCUUCUCAUGUCAUGGAUUGGAGAGAUCAGAAUGACAUGAAGGCUAUGGUUUCAGCCCUUGCUCAAGUCAUGGCCUCCGCCUCCGAUUCCGAUCAUCUUCCUUCCUCCGCCGUACCACCUCAUGACGCUUCACUACACCACCCCUCUCAAGAUCAACCAACUACAACUGUAGGUGAGGGAAGUGGUAAAAAAAGACAUUACAGAGGAGUAAGACAAAGGCCAUGGGGAAAAUGGGCAGCAGAGAUAAGAGACCCAAAGAAAGCAGCAAGAGUUUGGCUAGGAACAUUCGAGACUGCCGAGGCAGCUGCCAUCGCAUACGACGAAGCAGCCUUGAAGUUCAAAGGCACCAAAGCCAAGCUCAACUUCCCUGAAAGAGUUAUUUAUGGUCAUCCUCAUUACUACAUGGCUAACAACCAGAAUCAAACCUCAUCGACUACUACUAUUACUGCUACUACUACUACUACUGCUACUGCUACUACUACUGCUACAACUUCUUCUCACGGUCAAGUUCCUAGCGAAAUGUCAUCUUCGAUUUUGUCACAUCAGCAUCACCAAGAUACUACUAGUAAUAAUACCAAUAUAUACCCACAUCUUGUGCAAUACGCACAACUUCUUUCUAGUAACGACGUAAACUUCCCCUAUUUCAUGACACACCUCUAUCCACAAACUAGUGCCAAUACUAAUAUUACUAGUAGCAAUAACUAUUAUUAUUCUACAUCAUCGGCGUCUCACUCUUCACCUUUAUCUUCUACCAUGGCUUCAUCAGUGAAUCAGGCCGUGCCACCACCUCGAUAUGAAGAGUGGGAUUUCGAGAGUUUUUCUACCACCAGCAGCAGCAACAGCUCCUCUCAAUAUUGUAGUAGCUCCUCUAAUUAUAAUAAGAGGCCUGGUCCUGAUAAAUGAUGGUGUUUAUGCAUCUAGAUAUGAGUUGCCCUAAUUUCUGUUUGUGUUAUUUUUUCUGGAUUAUAUUAUUGCUGAACCUACACUACACCUCCAACAUUAUUUUAUAGUGUGCCACCAUUUUUUUUUUGUUCAAUCCAAAUAAUGAAUUGAUCAUCUGCAUGCUAGCUCUAAACUAACCAUGCAUCCCUUAUUAA